CCGCAGCAACCCACGUCAUUGUCCGUGGAUGUUCAUCACCAUGGCCGGCGACAAGAAACCCGACAAGAAACCCGGCAAGACAAUCGUCUUUUUGCACCCGGAUCUAGGGAUCGGGGGCGCAGAGCGGUUAGUCGUCGACGCGGCGGUAGGCCUGCAGAAGCGCGGGCACAAAGUCGUCAUCUUCACGAGCCACUGCGAUCCCGCCCACUGCUUCGACGAGGCCCGCGAUGGCACCCUCGACGUGCGCGUACGCGGCAACACCCUCAUCCCCCCCACCCUCCUCGGCCGCUUCGCAAUCCUCUGCGCCAUCCUGCGCCAACUGCACCUAAUCCUGCAGAUCACCCUCCUCACCCGCGAACUCGCCGAUCUCGGCCCCUCGGCCUUCUUCGUCGACCAGCUCAGCGCAGGGCUCCCCUUCCUCAAGACCCUAACCGCCGCGCCCAUCUUCUUCUACUGCCACUUCCCCGACCUGCUGCUCGCGCGCGGCCGCGCCCGCCUCGUGAAGCGCCUCUACCGCGUGCCGUUCGACGCGCUCGAGCGCUGGAGCAUGGGCUUUGCCGACGCCAUCGCCGUGAAUUCCGAGUUCACCCGGGGCAUUGUGAGGCAGACUUGGCCGGGGCUGGUGCAGGAGAAGGAUAAAAGGCAGCUGCACGUCGUAUACCCCUGCAUCGACACCUCCACCUCCUCCCCCACGGGUGACAAGCGCCCCGCCGUCGAACCACUCCCCUGGAAACAAGACGGAGUAAUCCUCUCGAUCAACCGGUUCGAGCGCAAAAAGAACAUCGCCCUCGCCCUGCACGCCUUCGCCCAACUCCCGCCCACCCGCCGGGGCGCCGCCAAACUCGUCCUCGCAGGCGGCUACGACCCCCGCGUAGCCGAGAACGUAGGCUACCACUCCGAACUGACCACCCUAGCCUCCUCCCUGGGGCUGCGACACGCGACCGCCAAGACAGUCGUCUCGGCCGUCGGCCCCGCGGCGGGCGCGGCCGAGGCCGAGGUGGUGUUCCUGCUGAGCGUGCCGCAGACGCUCAAGGCGAUGCUGCUGCGCACGGCGCGGCUGCUGGUGUACACGCCGAGCGGCGAGCACUUUGGCAUCGUGCCGCUCGAGGCCAUGCUGGACGGGGUACCCGUGCUGGCGGCCGACAGCGGGGGCCCGCGCGAGACCGUCGUCGAGGGCGUGACCGGCUGGUUGAGGGAUCCCGAGAAACCCAAGGCGUGGAGCGCCGUGAUGGAUCGGGUGCUGAAUGAUAUGCCGGCGGAGGAGUUGGAGGCGAUGGGGAGGGCCGGGGUGGAGAGGGUGAAGGAGAAUUUUGCUGAGAGCCAGAUGGCGGAGAGGUUGGAAGGGAUCUUUGAAGGGAUGAAGAGGGCGCCGGGGGUGUCUGGGGUGUCGGUUUUGAUGGCCGGGCUGGUGGCGGUUGUUGGGCUUGUGAUUCCGCUGGUCUUGGUUGGGGGGAUAGCGAGGUAAACACAGCAAUCAUAUGUCAAGCAAAAGAAAAGACAGACCGAUACAACCACCCAAAGUUCUGAGAUG